AUGUCCCAGGAUCACGUAGCACUGGGAGAAGGCGAGCUCGAAAAUGAGCUCAAGCCUUCCGCGUCGCGCAAAAAAGUGAGCCUCGCGUGUCUUGCCUGCCGACGGCGUCGAACCAAGUGCGACGGUAGCGUGCCCUGUGCCUCUUGCCUUUCACGGAAUACCGAAUGUGUCAAAGACGAAUUUGACGACGGACGGCGCAAGCUCGCCGUCAAGCGACGGUUGGAGUCCCUGGAGAAGGACCGCCAUCUGCUGGACGCCCUGCUUGAAGCAAUUCGCACCGGAGGACCGAACCAGCUACAUGCCUUGAUCAGCCUGAUACGUGGCAAUGCCGGACGGCAAGACCUCGCCGUCUUUCUGGAAAACCGCUUUGCUGGCAUUAGGGAACUCCACGUUCACAACCAUGUCCACGAGACCUCGACGACCUACAGGAGACAUCGCGCUCGCCUUGGUCGCAUCCAGGACAUCGUGAAUCCCCCAAUCUCCGUCCCCGCAAAACCGUGGACGACAGUCACGGACGACGACGACUUCUUACUUGACACCCUGGAAGAAGACGGCUCAGAACCAAACCUGGGGAUCCGGGAUCACUUCUACAAGGAAGCGAGAAAGGGGCUGGAGGCUCAAGAGGGCGAGGUGUCCCUGGCAAUGGUAGCAACUCUGGGGGUGCAAUGGACAUACCUGAACAUCAACGGUCAAGACAAAUUAGGAAACGGCGUCCUAUACCAACAGAUCUUCCUCUCCAAGAGCCUGGGCAAGUGGCGUCAACGGAUUGGCCAGGACCUCUCCAUGACUCAAGAGUAUCUUGCCAAGGUCGACUUCUCCCUGAGUCGGCUCGAGUGGACGUUGUAUGCCCUCAACCCGCUCAUCGGCCUCGCCCUGAGGCACGUCCGUGUCUUUGAGAGGCCGCAACGACCGAAACCCGUAGCCCAAUUGGGCGCCGGCUGCGCACAACAGCAGCCGGCGUGCUGGACCCCGUACCCAACCCCCUACACGAGAACCGAAUGGCAUCCGACCUGCCACUACCUCGCCUUCAUUUCUCUGGCUGAGAAGGCGGGCUUUGACGAGACACUGUAUGAAACAUAUCGGAAAUACGACAGUGUUGCGUCCAUGGACAAGUUUAAGAAGGCCUACCGUGAGCUGGAAGACUGGCCGAACGAUCUACCCGAGUGCAUGAAACUGCAUGACAGGGCCACACCUCAUGUCAUUGCCUUACACGCGCUUCACCGUUGGCUUAAUGUAACAAUCGCCAAACAAACAGCCGCCUUGGAUGCGGAUAUAGUGAGCCGGCCGUCACUGGCGCAAACGCCACAAUCUGCUGAACAGCGCCAUUGGAUCGAAGUCUGUAUAUCGGCAUCGAAAAUGAUCAGCAAACUUCUCGAACAAACCCGCAUGAACUGGGGGGCCGACCAUUUUCCCGUCAUCAUCAUGCAACCGGCCACGAUCGCAGCGUUUACCUUGCUCGAAGAACUGAACGACCGACCCGAAUCCCAAGAGGCGUUCUACACGCUGUGCGUCAACCUGCGUGCGGUAAGCCGAAGGUUCCGUGUCAGUCGUGGGGUCUUGCGUCUGUUGCACCACAAAGUCAAGGAGAAAGGCAUCGUCCUGUCCGAAGAGUGCCACCAGCUCCUUGCCGACUACCACACCAGGAUGGACCUGGACCAGAACAUGGCGGCGAACAUCGAUAACAUCGGACUGGAGUACUUGCUGGAGAAGUGGGAUGAUCUGGAUCUCGAUGGAGUAUGA